CUGUGAACAGUGAAAUUUCACUGAAAGGAAUCUGCAUGAACAUCAUACAGGGAGCACGUUCAAUAUUUGCUUUCAGACGAUUGCACUCACAAGUGAAGAUGGCGGCCGCUCACGUUUCUGCUUCCUUCCUCUCUUGCCAGUCGCCUUUUUCCAAGACUCUCAGAAGCACUCCCUUCAGCGCUCAACAAAAUGUCCGAACACCGAUGAAAACCAGCUUCACUUCCAGCUUUCCGGCUGCGAAAACCCACAAAAGGGCAAUUGCAAGACGCACUCACGUGAUUGCCGCGGCGGCAUCGGAGGCCCCCGCGGGGGCGCCUUUUGUGGGCCACGAUUAUUACAAGAUUCUGGGCGUGGCACCUGACGCAGAGCCUGUGCAGAUCAGGAAGGCGUACUGGCAGCUCAUGAAGACACACCACCCCGACCUCUCAGGGGAGCAGACCCAUGCAGCGCUUCUCAACGAAGCGUACCGCACCCUGAUGGACACCCACCGCAGAGCAGGGUAUGACCUCCGGUGGCGAGAGGCCGAGCUGGCGGGGUACGUCGGCUUCACGGGGAGGCCCAUAAGCGACUGGACGGGGCCAGAGAGGAUGCAGGGCAUCUUUGUGGAUGAGAACCAGUGCAUUGGCUGCCAGGAGUGCUCGUUCUGUGCUGGCAACACGUUUGACUUCGACGAGGUGCAGAGCAAAGCGCGUGUCAAGACGCAGUGGGGCGACCCGGAUCAUGUCAUCAAGUCCGCGCUCGACUCUUGCCCUGUGAACUGCAUCCACUACGUGGAAAAGGAUGACGUGCCCAUCUUGGAGUAUCUAAUGAAAGGUUGGGAGCGGCCUGGCGUGGGCGUAUUCGGGGGCCGGUGGGAACGGCCGCCGAACGUGUUCUCUGCAGCAAAGGACUUCAAGAAGAAGCUGGAACGGCAGGAGGCACGAGCGCAAGCAGCUGCGACAGCUGAGACCCCCGCACAGAGGGACGCCCGCGAGACGGCCGCCCGAGAGGAGCUCCAGAAGUCCGCUAAGGCCUGGUGGGCGGACGCCCUGUCCAAAGUUAACUUCCGGCCUUCCGCCGGAACGGCGGGCGGAACCGACACCGGAAACGGAAGGCAGCGCCGGAAGGCCAUUGUGGCGGGCGAAGACAAGAUGCCGUGGCAAAAGCUCUUUGGCGCUGAAACUACGGCGACGCUUAUGACGAUGCCGGUGGAUUUGGAAGAGUGUGCCAAGACCAUCAUCUUCGUCCAGCAGUGGGCGCAAACCCUGGCGUGUGCGUCCGAACUCCCGCUGCCCUUACCCGUCCGAGCGGACGCUUCGGACAACGGCGUCACGCUCAGCCUCAUCGCCGUGAGAGCUGGCGCCACCACGUCCGUCGGCGCCCUCGACAUUUCCGUCGAGCCGGCGGAAUUCGCAGAGGGAAGCUUAGAGGAGUCGGACUUUGUGUUGCGGGUGGUGAGGGUCGGCGGAAGCUCUAAGGGUGCGCUCCCGGGGGAGGGCCGGCUGGUGAAGAUGCUGAGAGAUGCACUGGAGCGGCGGGGGACAGUGGCGGGUUAUGAGAGCUACCACUUGCAGAGGUAGGGGGAUCCCCCUCCAAUCUGUCGGACGGGGCGAGUUCCGUUCGGAGGGCCAUAUAAAGCCUGUGGGCGUGCGUAUGACUGACUGAUAUCACAUACGCUUCCAAUGGGAGCGUUGCAUGUUGACGUCUACAAGUGUUUCGAAAGCGGGGCGGAUUGCGAACAGAGCCGAUGCGUUCGAGUUGUUCCGAAGGGUGCUUAUCGCUAGAGCCGAGGAGAGUGGCGUGGAAAGGGCGGAACAGAAUCAUGGGCCCAGGUGCCAAGUACAUAGGUCGUACACUUCAGGCGCCAGACAGGCGGAUGUGGAUUGCACGUAUGUUCAAUAGAUAGCGUUGUACAAGUUGCUAGGAAGAUGCUGGCACAUUGGUCAGCGUGUAAUCAAACAGGAUACAGUUGUCGCAAGAAGAAUAACUUUCGGGCCGACUAGUUGUGUACAUAGAUCCGCUCGCAAUGGUAGCAUCACUUGUGGCCGCUCGGGCCGUUCGCUGCAAGAAUGCUUUUAGCCUCGCUUGAAACCUCGGCAGCAGGCUAGUAGCAUCAGCUUGUUUCUUAGGCACUUAACCUGAAGGCCUUAGUUAGACGGUCAUCAGGCUGCAUGGCAUAAGUUGGCAAGUUUAGUAGACCGUACGGGUCGAAGCAUUCCGACCGGCUAGCAUUGUCAAGAACCCAGCUGCCACAUAUAUGCCUUUACAUUCAAUUCUCUUGUCAGGGGACAUGCUUCGACAGAAUGAAGCAUGUAUUCGAUCUGAGGCCGGCCGUAC